AUGGUUGUGAAAGUUGCAGCCAAUAAACGACUAGGGAUAAAAGAUGCAUGUAAUGAACUCCUCCAACUAACCAAUCCCAGGAUAAGGUUUGUGGCUGAAGUCACUGGGAAACUAGUUGCAGCAUGUCCGGGUGUGCAGAUGGGACAACUUUAUUACCGGCAACUUGAGAAUGAGAAAAUCAGUGCACUGCGGCUUUCCCAUGGCAACUUUGAAGCCCGGAUGACAUUGUCUGACCUCGCGAAGUCUGAUCUGAAGUGGUGGGUCAUAAACAUUGACAGUACAAGUAAACCACUCUCCCUUGGCAACCCAGACUUUGCAAUCUGGACUGAUGCUUCAGAUGCUGGAUUCGGUUUCUCAAGACCGGAUAUUAGUGUGACCAAUGGGGACACAUGGAAACCAGAUGAGGCUGGUAUGCAUAUAAAUGUGAAAGAAAUUACUGCUGUUUGGUUUGCAUUAAAGGCGCUGUGCCCUCAUGAAAGAGAUAAACAUAUAAAAGUAUUCACUGAUAAUAUGACCACCUUGGCGUACAUAAGAGACUUUGGUGGGAGCCAUUCCUUGCAAUGCAACGAAGUGGCCAGAAAGAUUUGGGUUUGGGCUAGGGAUAGAGACUUGUGGAUCUCUAUUGCCCAUGUUCCGGGUGUUGAUAAUGUUACAGCGGAUCGGGCUAGCAGGCACUUUGAUCAUGAAACAGAGUGGAUGUUGGACCCAGAUGAGUUCAGAAAUAUCAUGCAACAUUAUCCAAAAUUCGAUAUAAAGCUCGACCUUUUCGCAUCGAGAAAAAACUAUCAGUUGGAUAGAUUUAUAUCCUGGAAGCCCGAUCCGGAUGCAGAGGCGGUAGACGCAUUCACCUUGAAUUGGGGAACUGAAACAUUUUAUGCUUUCCCACCUUUCAGUAUAAUCAGCCGAGUCCUUCAAAAGAUCAUCCAGGACAAGACCUCCGGCAUCCUAGUGGUUCCAGACUGGCCCACUCAGCCUUGGUAUGCGACAGUGAGGAAGCUGUUGAUAGACAAGCCCCACAUCAUUCAAGCGAGGAAGCAUCUCCUACGAAUACCGGGAGUAGACAAGCUCCACCCACUUUGGAAACGAAUAAAGCUCUUGGCCUGCCCCUUGUCAGGGAGUCGUUGUUAG